UUCCACGUUGUCAGGAAAUAGAGCAGAAGACCGCUGUACUACCGGAUUUACAGCCUGGUGGGUCAAAUUGCUUCGUUUUUUUAAAGCAAAUCAAAAGGAGGGGACUAGCAACUGCCGGUUUGAUCGUCUGUGGACCCAGCGGAAAUGUGACAGCGGGUGAUGUAAUAAUAACGUGUUUUCCUGUGUUUUACGGCACGAUGAAAACGGAGCCCAUCUGCAGGACCGUCCGUCUAAUCUUCUUAAUCAUCACGGAAACUCGUCAGAACGGAGGAAGAUUCGCACUAGCGUGAAAGGUGAAAGAUGAUGAAAGAGAAACAGGAUAGACCACUGGCCCGGAUAAUCUUCCCUAAUGUGUUUCGGGUGAAUCAAAAGCAGAUACGCGCACGCCUACGCACCAAACGCCUGCGUCGUUAUAAAGGGAGACCAAGCUCAGAGGGAGGCAAACGUCAAUCAUCCGUCGUACCUCACUAACGUUGCUAAAACCCGCUCGCUCCUCAGUAGUAGUGUGCAUCUUCAAGAGGGCCAUGGAGGGGAACAUCAGCGACACCAUCACGACGUUUACCCUUCCCAACGGCACGGGCCCGUGCCUGGAGUGGUUCGCGGGAAACGGUCUGGGCGAAAUCCUGACCUACGAGACUGUGAAGAUGACUUGUGCCGGAUCGAGGUGGGGUCCCUUCGACUUUCCCGGCAGGGAGGUCCUCACGAUCACAACAAGUGUCAUCGGCAACCUGCUGAACAGCCUGGUCGUCUUUGCCGUGGCGAAGUUGCAUCAGCACACGCCGCUGUACUACCUGAUAGCCAACCUCGCCGUCACCGACAUCAUGACCAAUGUAGUCGGCAAUGUCAUGCUCGAGAUAACGGAUAUCGUGGCGUAUCGACAAUACGUCUUACUUCUAGUCACGGUGCUGCACUUCCCUGUGAUCCUAUCGCUCACGGGGUUGGUGCUGCUCUCUAUGGACCGCUACGUCUCCGUGGAACACGCCAUCUUCUACCACGCCACCGUCGGAGGUGAACACGUGCUGGGGGCGGUGGCAGGGGCGUGGGUCUCCGCAGCUCUGCUCUGCUUCUCUCCGAUGAUGGGGUGGAACUGCGACUCGAUGGACACUGCAGAAAACAGGCUGUGUUUCCUGGGCGCGGUGGAGGGGAGCUACAUCCUGUUCAUGACUGUCCUGUGCACGGCGGGAGUUGCCGUGGUGGUGUUCACCAACGCGCGGGUCUUCCUGGCGCUCCGACGGCGCCUGGCCGUGGUGGAGGGCGGGGAACAACGGGAGAACGGCCGCGUGCACAUGAACCAGCAUCAGAUCGUCCUCGCGCAGAAGAAAGCCAGAAGUGUGCUCGUCAUCAUAGCCGUGUUCCUGCUCGCCUGGCUGCUGUUCCUGUCCUGGCAGGUGAGGAUUCUCGUCACCAUCUACAACGGCUGGGAAAACAAUCCCAAAAUGAACGUACAUUUCGGGGUUGUCUUCGUCGUUGUCGUGUGGUUAGUGCCCAUUGUGAACCCUCUCGUGUACGCCUUCCGACUGCCGACGCUGAGAAGCGUGGUCUGGAACAGUUUUCGGAACGGUUGGGCCAGGCUAUGGCGGUGUCUCAACCCACCACAACAGGUACAUCCGGCUAACAUGGACAUGGCAGUCAUUGCACAGUAGUUAUAAUUCAUUUCACAUGUUUAAAAUCUAAAUAGCUUACUUGUAGAUGAAGCAGACUAUUGAAGCUUUUAGCGUGGCCACUGUAUUGGUGAAUAUCAUUACUGUAAAAUGUUCAGUUGUGUUUAAGAAAAAUAAAUUGUAAAAUGGUAAAUAUCAUGUAUUUUUGACGUUGUAUGAUGCUGUAAUGAUGAUUACAAUGUAGUUUGUAGCAUGACAGCUGUAUUGGUGAAUAUCAUUAGUGUACUAGUCAAAAUGUUCGGUUGUGUUAGAAGAAAAAUAAAUUGUAAAAUGCUAUAUAUCAUUGUAUACAGCUACAAUGCUGUCGUUAUGAUUGCAAUGUAGCUUGUAGCAUGACUACUGUAUUGGUGAAUACCAUUACUGUAGCAAAAAUGAACGUUGACAUGUGUUAUAAGAACGUAAAACGUAAAAGUAGUAUAUAGUGGUACAAUGUAAUGCAAUGUAAUUUUGAAAUUGUAUAUGGUUACAAUGUCUAAUUAUAAUUGCGAUGUAGAUGUAAUGUUUAGGAAUUGUUAUUGUCAGUUUAAUAAUCUAUUUUGCAAGUGGAUGGUCGUGACUUUGAAACUUUGGUUCUUGACAGCUUAGAAUUGCAAGUCAAUGUAAUGUAGUCGUCUUUCGUGCACUUUUGGCUGUACAUUUUGUUGUAUAACAUAGAGAACUGUUAAUGACUGUUUUGAUAUCUACUUUAUCUUGGAUCAUCGACUGUAGAUUCAAAUACUUGUAAAUAAAAUUCUGUUG